AUGGAUGAGAACCACCACAGCUCUGCUGCACCACCGAACGCCAAGGGUGGAUCUGGGCCUUCUGGCUGCCCGGAGAACAAGGAGGUCCCCAUGCCAAACCUCAGCUCAUCAGCGGAGGUGGCUGCCACCGUCGCCACCAGCAACGACGACGUCUCCAAGGGCAAGAAUGUGGCUGCUGACGACGACAAAGAACACAAGCCGCACAUCGUCGCAGAGCGGAAGCGCCGGAGCCGGAUGAGAGACUACUUCGGCGAGCUGCAGGCCCUCAUACCCCAGAUCCCUGAAAAGAGUGACAAGGCGACCAUAGUGGGACAUGCGAUCGACUAUAUCCGUUCCCUAGAAAAGACGAAGGCCAUGCUGGAGAAACGCAAGCAGGAGCUGGCGCUCGCGCAGCAAGCGGCCGCUGAGGCCGUGGCCUCCUCCUCGUCGGCACCACCGCCACCACAGACCGCCCAGGGCAUGGCGCUGGCGGCCAUGUCGUCGGACGCCCCAGAUGCCUGCUCCGAUGCGCCGCCGCUGCAGUCAACCGUGCUGAAGCCGGCGCCACAGCUGCUCCCGGCGACCAUGUCUUCGGACGUCCCGCAGCCGCUGCAGCAGCCACUUGCUGCAGCGGAGCCAGCGCCACCACAGCUCCCCAUCAUUACCGCGCGGCAAAUCGGAUUCCAGACGUGGUCAUGGCCGAACCUUGUGCUCAGCAUAUCGAACGACACUGCGAACAUCAACGUGUGCGCGCCACGCCACCGUGGCAUGUGGACCAUGGUGAUGGUGCUGUCCGUGCUGAACAAGUACGGGAUCGAUGUAAUCACGGCGCAGGUCGAUUCCGACGCCGUCCGCUCCAUGUUCAACAUCUAUGCCCGUGUAAGUAGCCUGCUCUCGACGAUGGAUCUUCCUCUUUGGUUUCAUGGUUGGGUCGUUGCAGUAGCUUAUAUGAAUGGUAGCUAG